AUGGACUCCUCCACCAUAUGCAAAAUGGAAGAGUUGACCCCGGGGACAGAAAUCCGGAUUACUGGCGGAGCGCAUCAUCGCAUUAUUGGCCGCAAAGGCCUGAUUCUGCGAGACAAGCAUCCGACGGGGUCCUCGUUCAACAUACGGCUGCUGGAGGGCGAAGUCACCUCCACUCACGCUCUACACGGCGAGGGUUCGUUAUCGACACCAGUGACUAUCCUCCCGGGCAAUAAUCUGGAGAAGCGGAAGGAGGCCGAGGAGAAGACGGCAGAACCCAAGCUGCUCCCCACUCCGAAGAUCCGGGGGAGGAUCCGACAAGCUGCUUCUACCGAACGGGAGCAGAAGGACAUGCCGCAAGAGCCCGCUUCGAUAGGCCCUGGAGCCAUGGACCGGAGGGAGCAGGACACGAAGACCUCGGAUCAGCACCUUGACGACCCGUCUCUCCCUGGUAAAGGCCGGCCCGGCAACAUCAAGGCCAGCAGACCCAGAUCCAGAUCCCCGCUGCCAAGGCUACGAGGCGACCACUUGACCAAGCAUGAUCAGGCUACCGCGGCUGAAGCUGUAGGGCGAGUCGGCAAAAUGAUUGCCAAGGACGGCCCGACCAAGGCCUCUGGACCGAAGGAGCUGCCCCGAACGGCAGAGACCGAGAAACCCGACCACCGAGGCAAGGACGAGUCCACCCCGCCUACGGAGAUGACGGUCGAGGAUGAGGAAGUGGCAGUGGAGGUGGAGAUGGAACUAGAGGACAGGCAGCCACGACAGCCAGUGACCCUGACAUCUAGAAUCACCCGGAGACGACUGCAGCAGACCCAGGGGAAAACCAAGCCUCGGGCGAAGGCGCCGCCGAAGAAAGCAAAGCGGAGCAGCGGUAACAAGGAGGCCGAUCCACCGAACGCGGCCUUUCUGGUUUCUCACCUCCGAGGAUGA